AAAUCACUUUUAAUCAAAAUUUGUCGUAUGAUUUUGACUCGUGUGUCAAAAGGAAGUGACAAAAAAUUUCUUCUUCUACUAUUACUCCUACUCCUUUUUCCUAUUUUAUACUAUGGCGCCCAUUUCAUCCAAUCUUCCUCCUUCGAAGCGUAUCAAAGUAGAAGAUCACGGUAUUAAAGAUAGAUUCUAUCCUGGUCUCUUUGAUCAAGCCAACCGAGACAAGCUACGAACAUCCAUACAAGCAUCCAAACCUUACCCGCACUGCAAAAUAUCAAAAUUGAUCAAUGAAAAUCUCUUACGUCGUGUACAGCAAGAAAUUUAUGCAAACCUUCACUUUACUACAAAGGAAACAGAUAUUUACAAGGUAAAUCAAACAGGCGAUCUUGCCAAUUUGAACGGAUUAAGCCCUCAGGAAAAAUCUUGCUUGCCGGCUCUACUUGAGCUCCGAGAGGCGCUCAGCUCUCAGUUAUUUCGAGAGUUUGUCUCUGAUAUUACCGGAUGUGGGCUCCUGUCAACUUCAAAAAUGGAUAUGAGUGUGAAUACAUAUACGGCAGGCUGCCACCUACUGAACCAUGAUGAUGUAAUUGGUACACGUCGUAUAUCCUUUAUCUUGUACAUGCCAGAUGACGACUGGAAGCCUUCGGAUGGUGGCGCACUAGAAUUGUACCCCGUGAUUGAAAAGAAUACACCAGCGAAUGAACCUACAGUGAGUGUACCACCUGAAUGGAACCAGUUUUGCAUGUUUACGGUCUUGCCCGGAUAUUCAUUCCAUUCUGUGGAGGAAGUGGUCACCGAAGGAAAGCGACGAUUGAGUAUCCAGGGCUGGUUUCAUUUUCCUCAAGAAGAUGAGAUAGGAUACAGAAAAGACGUAGACCAGACAGAGACAGGAAUAGCUUCUCUUCAGCAAAUUGAAAAGGCUAUACACAGUAAACAGUCCAAGUUUCAGCCUUAUCUUGGAGAUCUGUUGGAACAAUCAGUGGUACUCACAAACGGCGAUAUUGAAGCAUUAUCAGCUUGGAUGAAUCCUGAUUAUCUCAAGUUGGAGUUUCUAAGCAAGGUGACCGAUACAUUUGUGGAAGAAUCAGCGGUUCAAUUAAAGCAAUUUUUAAAACCGGAGCUCUGGAAAGAAAUUCAAGCAGCUACCUUCGAAGCAGAUGAACAAGAUGGAUUUACGCAACACAUUAUGCCACCACAUGGAGCUGGUAUCAGAGGAAGCUGGUUCAUACAGGGUCCACCUGUAUCUCGGCGCUUCCUCCAGCUGUCCAACAGUAUAAGCUCAGAUCAAAAGGAAAAUACAACUUGUCUGUUUGCAAGACUUCGAUCCUAUUUUGAACACGAGCCUUUUCGUCGCUGGUUGGCUGUUCUUUGUCAGGUCUCUCCCAUUGGAUACCGUGGUAUGGCGCGCAGGUUCCGUCCAGGCCACGACUUUACGUUAGCAACUACAAACCAGGAAGGCAAACCAAUACUUGAUGUUACCCUCUGCUUAUCUUCUGAAUCUGAUCAAUGGGAGUCAUGUGAAUAUGGUGGAUAUGAGUGUUAUAUGGCAGCAGGUGAAGAUGAUGAUCCUGCCACUUAUCGAUCUUCAGAUGACGGAGCAUUGCUCACUGUGCCAGCUGGUACGAAUGAACUAUCGAUUGUACUAAGAGAUGAAGAUGUUAUGCGUUUUAUAAAAUAUGUCAGCGCAAGAGCACCAGGAGCUCGAUGGGACGUUGCUUAUGAGUAUGAAGUAUGAAAUAAAUGGGUUGCUGUAUAACUUAGCAAUAGACACUAUCCAAUUAUCUAAAAAAAGGGAACACUUUAACAGAAAUUAAAGGGCAAUAAUGAGAAAAAGUUUCCAGUGACUGUAAGCGUAUGAUCUUUCUGCAUGAUGGCCUUUCCAAAUAUAGAAAUACUUUUUUGUUUCUCAUUCCACUUUCUCUCUCUUUUCUUUUUCUUUUUUCCUUGUUU